AAUUCCUGUGAUUCUACGUUUGUAGAAUUGCAGAGCACAGGAGUGGGGUGACACGUGCCGCGGGUUUGGGAAAACCUUGUAACGGACAGUGUGACAAGCUCUCAGUUGGGACCAUUCGCUGCGCCAAGGGAGAUAAGGGACUCCAGGAAGGACGGAUCUGACAAGAUCAAAGCUGCAGAAGAAUGGACAGUGAGGUACAGAGAGAUGGAAGGAUCUUGGAUUUGAUUGACGAUGCUUGGCGAGAAGACAAGCUGCCAUAUGAGGAUGUUGCAAUACCACUGAAUGAGCUUCCUGAACCUGAACAGGACAAUGGUGGCACCACAGAAUCUGUUAAAGAACAAGAAAUGAAGUGGACCGACUUGGCCUUACAGUAUCUCCAUGAGAAUGUUCCCCCUGUAGGAAACUAACACCUGGCUCCUUUCUCAUGGACAGAUUUUUGAAAAAUACAUAGAUACAAAAUGUU